AUGUUUGUGCGUCUUGAGUUUGAAGGAGGUUUGAAGUUGAAGAUUGCAAGGGGAAUGUUAGUGUAUGUAAAUGCAUGGCAUAUAAGUACACGGUCAACUACUGUGCAUGAUGGUUGUGCAGCUGAGGAUUGGUUUACUGCAGCUGAUCAGUUGAAGCAGUUGCCGAGGGUAUUUGCUGUUGCCAAGAGGCUGGAAAUUGAUUAUGCUCCGGCCAUGGUCGGUUUUGAGUUUAGAAAUGGUCAUGCUACUUUUGUCUUUGAUGGAUUUGUGGUCUGUAAAGAGUUCAAGGAUGCAAUACUAGAGUAUGCCGAAGAAGAGGAGAGAAGAGCCGCUGAAGAGAAGAAACGGAAUGAAGCACAAGCUAUCUCAAGAUGUUAUCAGCUUCUUUCGUCUAUUAUAACUAGACAAAAGUUAAACAGCUAUUAUGGAAACAGUUCGUCAUCACAAUCAUCAUUCAGAGAUGUCCAAGAUACGAAUAAUGAGAUAAAAGCUCCAGUCGAAAGCAGCCAGGAUGGUAGGCAAUCUACAGGCCAUCUGAAAGGAGAUAACAUAGGUACUAUGUAUACCGCUUCAUCGGGAGCAGUAGAGGUGAGGCAUGAACAUGUAUAUUUAACCAAAAAUGAAAGUUUUGAUGCGGAGAACUCAGCCAGAACAAAGCGAUGCGAGUGUGGAUUUUCAAUCCAAGUGGAAGAAAUAUAUCAUGUUCGGUGGUCAAUCCAACAGUGGAAGAAAUGUCGGACACCAAUUUUGCAUAUAAGUGGACCAAGACUGUUACUGGGAAGCUGCCUAUUUUGACAACCUUAAAUUGGAUAUU